AACCAAACCACCGCUGCACCGACAACCACCUGCAAGACGACGGGGCUGUCACAGAGACACUCAAUGACUUCUUCCAACUUUAGUUACAACUUAUUUAUCCACUCAUUCACCGGUCUGAUCUACUAAUUAAAGAGGUGGUUGCUAAGAGAUGACACUCAGUGACAUUGGUGAAAGCCUCGGAUGCAAAGCAGCCUGAAACUCGACUUCUCUGAGCGCCCUUUCCCCCAGCCUUCAGUCUAUACCUAGCUCAUGUGAAGGACGCAGGAAACGCUCUCACAACAAGACAGUCACAGAUACCAUGUCAGGUAUGACUGCUCCAUGCGCCAACAUCAAUACCACAGGCACCACCGUGGUCCAGACUGCAUGGCAGAGGCGAGAUAACAGCCAGGAAAUGCAGACAUGGGAGAAUCACGGGAGCAGUGCAAAUGGAGAUGUGGGACAAAACACCUUCCUGGAAAAAACCCCUGAGUUCUUCCAGAUGUGUGACAUCGAGAACAAAGGCCACAUCACCCGACGAGACAUGCAGAGACUGAAUGGUGAGCUGCCUCUUAGUGAAGAGGAGCUGGACAACGUGUUUGAUACCCUUGACUCUGACGGCAAUGGAUACCUCACUCUUGAAGAGUUCUCCUCUGGCUUUAGUGCUUUCUUAUCUGGCCGGAGGAUUUCUGUUGGAGAAAGCAGUGGGGAGAAAAACCCCAGUAAGGACCUGCUGGAAGUCCUGUACCAAACGCAUUGGGAAGAGAGUACGGCAAGAGGAGAUGAGGAUGAGGAGGAGAAACAUUUCUGCAUGCUCAUGGACGGUCUUGACGCCAAAAGUGUCUUUGAGGAUCCUGUGGAAGUACGGAGUCUGUGGACCCAGUUGCGGCGGGAUGAACCUCACCUUUUAUCCAAUUUUGAAGACUUCCUUGCCAGAGUAACAUCGCAGAUCACGAAAGCCAACCAGGAGAAGAAGGAGAUGGAAAGUGCUCUCCAAAGGAAAGCAGCAACGCAUGAUCAUGACAUCCAGCGCCUGUAUGAAGAAAUGGAGCAGCAAAUAAAAAAUGAAAAGGACAGGAUUGAACUACAGGACUCUGAGCGCUUUCUGUCUCGCAGCCAAGACCUGGAGCUGCAGCUGUCCAGAAAGGAAAAGGAGCUAGAGCAACUUUUCCAAAGGCAGAAAAAGUUGGAGUGUCAGUGUCAGGAACUUCACAGCGAGCAACACGACACCAGAGUGGAGAACGUAAAGCUGAAACAGACGAAUCUUGAGUUGGAACAAGAGCUGGAGCUCAUCAGCCAGGAGCUGAACUUGGCUCAGGAGCAGCUGAGUUUAUUACACAAGCAGUCCACACGACUUCACGAGGAGAAAGAGAUGGAAAUAUACAGAGUUACUGAAACACUCACGAGAGAGAGAGCAGGCCUUCUGAAGCAGCUGGACCUACUGAGAGAAAUGAACAAACAUUUGCAAGAUGAAAGAGAUAUAUGCUCUCAGAAACCAAAGAAUUCUAAGAAAACCCACGGCUUGAACUCGAUGGCUCUCAACAACAGCAUGAAGCACACAGACUUCUUCAGAAGUGACAAUGAGGGAGAGUUUACUUCCAGUUCGCCGAGGGCGACCCUUAUUGGUGGUUCAUCGCUGCCAUCUUUGCAAACCGCGGCUCGAGGGCACCUUCAGAGGAUCAUCUCAAUUGAGGAAGACCACCUCCCCCAAUUGCUGAAUGGCUGUCAGCUCCAAACACCUCUCCAGAAAUGUCAUGAAGGAGAGGAAAACCCGGACAUUGAAGAAACAAUAGACUUGGUGAUGAGUGAUAUUUACCCAGGUGUGUUCCCAGCCUGUCGGAAAAUGUCAGUGGAACCAAUGAAGGAAAAACAAAUCCCAACAUCUCCAAGGGGUCAGCCUGUUGGCAAGGAAACCAGCAUAAACGAGGAAAGUGGUCCCCUAGGGCCUGAUCGUCUUUUCAAAAUUGUCCUAGUGGGAAACUCCAGUGUUGGAAAAACCUCUUUUCUUCGGCGAUUUUGUGAUGACAGCUUUCACCCUGGCACUUCUGCCACUGUGGGCUUAGACUACAGUGUAAAGACGAUACAUGUGGACAACAGCCAGGUGGCGCUGCAGAUGUGGGACACAGCAGGGCAGGAGAGGUAUCGAAGCAUCACCAAACAGUUCUUUCGCAAAGCUGACGGUGUGGUUGUGAUGUAUGAUGUAACUGAUGAGCAGAGUUUUACAGCUGUGAGACAAUGGCUGACAAGUGUUAAGGAAGGUGCAGGUGAAGAUACAACCAUCCUGCUCUUGGGAAACAAAAUGGACAAAGAGAGUGAGAGACAAGUUCAGAAGGAACUGGGUGAAAGACUAGCCAAGGACGUAGAGAUGGCCUUCUAUGAAUGCAGCGCAUCGUCUGGGUACAAUGUCUGUGAGUCCAUGGUAUAUUUAGCCAGAGUUCUGAAAGAGCAAGAAGACAUAGAGAAGGAGAAGACCGUCCAGCUGGUCAGUAGCCCGUCAGGGAAGAAGAAAUCCUGCUGCUAAAAUAUAAACACUUCACACAAAGUAGCACUACCCUUUACCAAGUCACUUAGUCUGAUGAAGAAAGCACAUGUCACGGUUUAAACGCAUGGAUUGUUAGCACAACUGUUUUCAGCCAGUCUUUCAUGUGUUCACAUUUUACCGAUGUUAGUUGCACUAUUAUUGAUGGAUGGGUUUACAAUUAUUCUACAGGUUUGUGUCUUAAAAUCAAGGCAUUAAAGUAGAUAAAAAAACAACUAACCAAUGUAAUCACAAUAAACUGGAUAAGUAAAACAUAAAGAUUUUAAGAAACUUUUUUAAAUACUACAGGAUGUUUAGUCAAACUUAAAUGUAAAUCUCAGAUUUUGGAACUAUUUAUUAAUAUUAAUAAUAAAAAAGGCAAUUUACCUGUGAAAUUUGUGUUGUUUGUUUGGGGUUUUUUUUAUAUCUCCAUUGAUGUUAAAUAUAAAUUAAUUGUGAAUUGUACUAAUUUUAGACUGUUCUUUCACCUUUAGUACACAUUUAGGUGGAUGUGAUAACACAAACUGUACAAUUCAGUUCAUCAAAUAAUGUUGCAGUAUAAUGUAUCUGUUUUUAGGGUUGUUUUUUUGUUGUUGUUGUUUUUGGUACACAAGGGGACUUACUCUGUAUUAAGGCCAAAAUCACUCAUGGUGGCAUGUGACUCAUAUUACCACGGAUGAUAAAUAAUAAUAAAAAAACAGUAUACAACAAUUCACAGAAGUGCUAUUUAACGAACAAAUCAAAAUAUUGAGUGGGACAUGAGCCAGGGUCGCCAAGUUUGAAAUGGAUCUGGUUUUUGUAUCUUUUGAACAUUGUAAUAUAUGUGUUGUGCUCCAUUUUUUUUUCCUCUUUGAAACUGUAGUUGAGGAAAAUUGAGGUCACGCUGACAUUUAGCGAAGGGUUAUGUUUGUAUUAUAAUUCUUUAUAACAACUGUCUGGAAGAUGACUUGUUUGUCUGGAUUUUCUCUGGUUUUGGUGUACAUUUUCUGUCACUAACGUUGCUUCACUACUGCUAGUAUCUUGUAUGCCACUUUUUAUUUUUAUUUAUGUAUGUAUAUAUAUAUAUAUAUGUGUGUGUGUGUGUGUGUGUGUGAACAUGUAAAUAAUAUACACAAAUCCAUUGGUUUUUUAUGUGGAACACACCAAAGAACUGUUCUUCUCCACAGUACCCAGUGGGUGGGUUUGAAAACUGCAGUUUAUUCAAAUUUUAAAUUGACCAGACAACAUAUAUGAUAUCCUAAGUAGAAUAUAAAGAUGUGCAAUUAACAUGCCAAUUUAUUUGAAUAAAUUUGACUUCUUAAAUAAAUAAAUGCCAAUUUAGGAUGCAUUGAUGACUUAUAACAUCGUACUUCUUGCUUGUUACAACCUUUAUAAGAUACAGAAGAUUAAAGAAGUGAUCAAAAUAACUUAUCUGCUCUGGUAAG